CUUGCCUGGUUCUCCCAGAGCCUUCGUCCCUGUAGCUCCGGUUACCUCCGGGAGUCUGGGGCCUCCACCAUCUGGGUCCUUCUCCAGGGGAACAAUAGGAGAGGGGAGAGCCAGUGGGGCUGCUGGAAGGCUGGGGCUUGCCUCACCCUUCGAACAGAGGCUGUGCUCACCCCACCGCUCUGACUCUGGAGCUGGCAAUCCAGCCCCUCCCCCCCAUCCUGCCCCCUCCUCUCACAUGCUGAGGGAAAAGGGAGAACAGAGAAGCAGAGUGGGGAAGAGACAGACAUGAAGGGAAGGAAGGAGAGGAGUGGAGUGGAGGGGGUCAGGAGGCGGUGUCUGUGCAGCACACUCCUGGGAGCGUGCCUGGCGUUAGAAGCACCCCUCUGGGAGUGAUAGCACUCUCAGGCGUGCGGUUAGCUUGGAGAGCCCUCCCCCCAUCGGUGCCAGGGCUGCUUUGCAGAGCAAUUGCUGGCCGAGCUGCGGAGUCCUUCAGCACUUGGGAGAAGCUGGAUGCUUGGGGUGUGCUGGGGGACCUGCAGAGGUUGAAAAGGAGGAUGGACAGCACUGGAGCUGGUAUGUGCAGGCAGACACAAAGCUGGAGAAAAGUGUGGGCCAGGCAGUCCUGGGGCCCCCCUGCACAGCCCCAUGCUAGGGGUGAUGGGGAGCAGCAUGAAGGGAGGACAGCCCUGGAUGCAGGUCUGCAUGUCCCCAGGACUGGGACAGUGUGGGCUGGGAGAGGCAGAGAUCGGCAGAGGCAGAAUGCUUGUUGCUUUCGCAGGAUGUGGGAAAUGGGCCCAGGCAGAGGAUGGGCUAGACAAUGCCAAAGUCCCCUUUGUGUCCCCAUAACGACGCUUAGCCCUGAGCUAGUGCUUUGUGGUUUUCCAGCUCUGGGCAAAGAUGAACCCGCUGAUCCUCACGGCUCCCCUGGGAUGAGAGGUCACAUUGGCCUACGCUGAUCCAUUCCACAAGCCCAGCUCCAGUUGGUUCCAGAUGUGAUGGAGGGGAAGAGAGGAAUCCAAGGUAAACAUUAACCCAGUAAUGUUCCCUGGCUUCAGUUCCACCUUGCACUGUAUCACUCCUCCCUGGGGGGUGCCCGAAUUCCCUGCCCUGGGAGGUAACGCUGCCUGCUGUAGAGGAAUGAGUCAUGGGUUAAGGAACAGGUGGCAUGCCAUUAGCAGCCAUGGGCACCAAUUACCAGCCGUAAAAGCCUUGUACAAUCCUAAUGUAAAGAGUCAUUUAGAAAAACCGUUCUACCUGCCCUCAGGGGAGGGGAUCUGCUGGAGUGUGCAUCUGAGUGCGCGUGCAGUCGGGUUGGGGGUGGAUUUCCAAGUCCUUCACUAGCUUUAGCCUUCCCUAGGGGUGGUUUGCAAAACUUCCCUACCAUUGCUCACACUGGCUCAGCACCACAGGAAUUAACAUUAGCAGCUGUAAUGUACAUGGCUGACCAUCGGCCUAAGCACUAUGUGGAGGCGAUCUGCUCUGAGCAGGGUUAGAUGGCAUGGUGAGCAACAUAUCUAAGCUAAGGGCUAGAUCCCCAGCUGCAGCUGAGAUAUGUGAAACGGGAGAGCGCAAAUGGCUGUAAACCUUGGGGCUGCUUUAAAUUAUGCCCAACUAUCCAUGGGCCCAAGGGGCAGGUCCAACAGCUGGGGAUCGCUGGAGUGUAGGGAUGCCUUAUCCAUCCCCAUUGCAACAGGGCAAGGAGUGGCAGUGAGCCAGUUAAGCUGGCGUUCUAGCUACUUUGUGUCACUUUGCAUAGGGCCCUACAGAACCCGAGACUGGACCUGGAGCUGCCCUGGCAGCUGGGAAGGGGGGUUGGGAAAGCCCCUUAGUGCGGAAUUCCUCUCUGCAUUGGUGCUGAGUCUGGCACAGAGACUGACUGGGGAGGCAAUGUGCCCCCUGAUUCUCCAGUGGCACGCCAUCUGCAGUGGCUCCUCUGGGUCAGUCUAAGUUCCAAGGGCAUUAGAACUCCUGGCCAUGCUGCCUCCCCUUCUCAGCCGUCCCCCAGCCCUGCCAGCACGUCGCCUUUUGCAGGGGUGUUAUGCUGGCUUUGUGCCUGCUGGGACCCCCAAUGCCACUGCGAAGCGGCCACAGUGUGGGGUGAACUCCCCCCCCCCCCCGACCAGCCUGGCUCACUUUUGAGAGGCUCCCUGAGAGUUGGGGGUGGGGGCAGAAGCAUGUUCCCCUCAGGUUGAUGACAUGAGAGUCGGGUCCCUGGACACUUCCUCCUUCAGGCCCCAUCCUAUGAAGUCUUCUCUGGGGAAUCGGAGCCCCCAGCUAGCAUGAGGAUGAGCUCUUUCUCCUGGCCUGACACAAGGAGCAGCCCACAGGGCAGCAGCUGUGAGCAGAGGCGACAGCUAGCCAGGAUUCCCCACAGGCUGAAGGGCCCCGCCUACCCUGUGCCCAAGGAAGGGGUGGGCGGAGCCUGGUGCCUGUAGCUAGAGGGAGUCAGUGAGAGCUGAACAGACAGAGCAGGUGGAAGGCAGCUCGCUUGCUCGUUCCCCGGACCUGGCUAUCCCCAGCCUCUUGCCUGCAUCAGCCUCUAGCCUGGGACCUGUCCUGAUGCAUCCUUUGAUGCUGGGUCAGCAUCUUUGCCUCCAGCAAACCGGAAACCAGAGUCACUCCCCUGGAUAUUCCCCCAUCACACCUCCUGGAAACCUGGGACCCUCAACCCCUUGCGUGGAAUGGACUCUCCUCCUGGACCCUUGACCUUUCACCCUGACCAGGCUCCCGCCCAGGACCCUCAGCCUCGCAGCUAAGAGCCUGGGGUCUGGGUUAGUUCAGCUCUGGCUGUGUAAUUUGCUGGCCUUCAGGUGUCUGCCUGUCACCUGUCCUGCCAGCUGGAAAAUCAGGUCUUCCUCGUCCCUGUGUCUCUUUCCUGGAGGCUGCCCCCAUUCCCAGGGACAAUUGUCCCUCUCAGCCUUGGUGUUUGGCUCUCUAAGAAUUUCACUGCCACUUUCUGCUCCCCUCCCAUCACUUUUUAUGGCCAUGUCCUAGUUGGGCCUCAGCUUGUCUGUCCUCCCCUUUGGGAGGCAUGAGGCCAGCAUGGGGCUCACAGACCCUGGGGUGUGGAGGAAGAAGCUCCCUCUGCCUGCUGGGCUUCUUGCCGUGGCGUUGGAAGUUGGCAGUGAUGCGUCGGCAUCUCCUCCGCUGUCUCUCUGGAGCUGCUCUACUCCUUGUCACCAUGGCUUUCCUCUCCAUGAGGCACCGUGGCACUCAAGAGUUGGUCCGCUACCAAGGGGUUGGUGAUGGGACAUCGGAUAUCCUGGAGCACCAGGCUAAAAUGUCCCCAGCGGAUGUGCUGAGAGACAGCAGCAGGAGACAGGAGCUGAAAGAGCCACCAGGCCCUUCCAAGGUGGGCUCCAGUGUGCGGAGAGGCCUGGAGCUUGGAGAGGUUUUCAUUGCUGUGAAGACAACCAAGAUGUUCCACCAGACCAGGCUGGAGCUGCUGCUGGACACUUGGAUAUCCAAGGCAAAAGAGCAGACCUACGUCUUUACUGACGAAGAAGACGAAGCCCUGCAGAAGAGAAUGGGUGACCAUGUGGUAUUCACAAACUGCUCCGCAGAGCAUAGCCACCCAGCCCUCUCCUGCAAGAUGGCAGCCGAGUUCGAUGCGUUCUUGGCCAGCGGCCUGAGCUGGUUUUGCCACUUGGAUGAUGAUAACUACCUAAACCCACAGGCCCUCUUGAAGCUCUUGUCUUCCUACUCUCCAGACCAGGAUGUUUACAUUGGGAAGCCCAGCCUGAACCGGCCCAUCCACGCCUCCGAAACAAUGCCCAACAAUCAGACGAGGUCCGUGCGCUUCUGGUUCGCUACUGGAGGGGCGGGAUUCUGCAUCAGCCGCAGGCUGGCCGUCAAGAUGGCACCUUGGGCCAGCGGCAGUAACUUCCUGAGCACCUCAGAGCUCAUCCGCCUCCCGGACGACUGCACCGUGGGCUACAUCGUGGAGUGCAAACUGGGCGGGCGUCUGCUCCCCAACAUGCUCUUCCACUCUCACCUGGAGAACCUGCAGCUGAUCCCCAGGCCGCAGCUCCCGCAGCAGGUCACCCUCAGCUAUGGUGUCUUCGAGAAGAAACUCAACACUGUUGAGCUGGCCGGCCCCUUCUCCCAGCACGAUGACCCCUCCAGGUUCCAAUCCCUUCACUGCCUUCUCUACCCGGACACUUCCUGGUGCCCACGGCCUGUCUGAGCUCCCACACCCAAAGGGUCCCACUCAGGCCAGCGACCCUCAGUUCGUGUUGUGUGUGGGGGCACUCAAGGCGCCCUGGGCGCUCCCUCUCUCCUUCGCAGUGACUGCCCUGGGGCCGCAUGCUGCAGCUAGCAAUAGCUUGGUGGGUCAGUGCUUGCUGAGCACGGCACAGGGUGAGAAGGUAGAAUCCACAGCAAGGCGCCCAGGUGAAAAUGUGGAAUUACGCUGUUGGUGGGACAUUUCAAAUGCAACCCAAUUUCCCAUGGGCUCUGGGACACUUGUGGGGGGUGAGGAUGGGCGGGAGGGGAAGUCGACAUGCCUCUGGUAAUGUAGGCAGUGUAGUGGUAGCCCUGUCGGUCCCAGGAUAUUAGAGAGACAAGGUGGGGGAGGUAACCUUAUGCCUCUAUUAACAGCCAGACUUUGGCCACAACUGCUGGCUGUGCCAGAAUAGAUGGAGACCUGGUGCCCCCUGCUGCGUGGAUGGAGCAUAUCUCUGUAUGCAUCCUGAGCCGCACUGACCGUGUGGGGCCGAGUGUGAAUGGAGUGUACGGCUGGCCUUCACUUCAGUCUCUGCUGGGCAGAGCCUCUCCUCCCUUUAUGCCCCCAAACCCUUUCUCACUGAGCCUAUGCUGGACAAGAGCCUUUUCUGUCCUCCCCUUUGUUGAGCCUCUGCUGGCCAGGGCUCCGCCUGCCCCAGCCCCCUUGCUAAGCCUCUGCUUAGAUAGUUUGGCUACAUUCUCACGCCAGAAACUCAAGUCUUUGAUCAUUUGUUUCAAUAAAAUGACAGUGUGAUCACGUCUUCGCGCUAGAUCAGCCCAAGAGAAGCGCCGCACUGGGACUGUCCUGGGAAGGGGACGGGGGCCAGGAGCCCGAGUGCUGGGUUCCUCCAGGAGUCUCCCAUGUGAUGGGCGGGUGGAGGCUUGUGUGGGUUUGUGCAUUAUUCAAGUGGGGAUAUCUCUCUGUCUCUCCCUGAGCACUCUCCCUUUUCUCUGCUCCACUGGGGAUCGGGAUAAUCCCUCUUUCUAAUGACCAGCCUGUCCUCUGAGAUUAGACUCCAAUCUCUACCUGGCGGGAGGGGAUGUGAGAGGAUAGACUUAAAGAAGGAUUUGAAGUGGGAGAAAGGGAGAAUGAGGUAGAAGAGGGAGGAGGAGAUAGUGAAGGAGCACACAGGAGCAGAUUGGAGAUGGUAGAUUUAAGAGCCAUGCCAAAAAACCCCAAAUUCACUAUGGAGUGAAAGCGGAAGGGCAAACAGCUUAUUACCCCUGCUCUUCAGCCCUCCAGACACUAGGGGGCAGCUUCAUUGGCUCCUCACUCCUUGCUCAGUGCAGCAGAGAGGGGAAGAAGGAGUGAGAGGGAGAGGUGGGAGUAGGGUGACCAGACAGCAAGUGUGAAAAAUCGGUAUGGGGUGGGUGGUAAUAGGAGACUAUAUAAGAAAAAGACCCCAAAAUUGGAACUGUCCCUAUAAAAUUGGGACAUCUGGUCACCUUAGGUGGGACAUGCAAGGUUGCUGACUGUUCAGAGUGUUUCCAGAUCCUGGGGGGCGGGAAUGUCUCUUGCCCUGGUCUGGGCUUGUUGUGUUGCCCAAAGGUCCCUCCUAAUUGAUGGGAAAUGAAUAGCAGUUACGUUUUGUCUUUGCUUACGUACAGAGAGCAGACUGGGGGAAAGCUAACAAGCAAAGAAACCACUUUCAAUGGCAACGGAUGCUCUGAAUAAAAGAAAUGUAAAGUGGGUGCCUUUUCAAGGGAAGGUGUUUUUCAAAAGCCAGUGGUGUACAAGGGGGACGUCUGGCGUUCUGUGAGAAUGCAGAUGAAAGUGCAGGGUGUGAUCUCUCUACAUAGUCAUACAGGUUGGAAGAGAAAUCUUUAACACGGGAUAAUACAACUGCAUCUAUUGCAGUCAGUGUGGUAGAGGCCUACGGAGAGCACCACUGUGUCUUUACCAUUUUGCAAACCGGUCAGCCCAACCCCCUGCAAAGGAACUACAAUUGUCCUGGCUUGCACUGCAGACCCUUGUGUAGGAUAUUGAAGGGUUAAAAAUCACAUGUUUCAAAGGUGUUUCCACCUGGGCAGAGAGGGUUCAAGAAUUGAAAGCAUGCUUUGAUUUUUUUAGAAGAAUACAGUGGCCUCUUGUCACUUUCCAAUCCAACUAUUUCUUCCAGUCAGUGAUCAACUUCUGAAGAAGCAGACGGCUCUCAAGUCCUGCUUUCUGUCACAAGAAAUGCACCUUUUCAUCUGGAAACUCCUCUCUGAUGAUCAGGAACAAGGACUUGCUGAUAACAAUUACCUCCCCUUGGGUGUAUAAUGGUUUCCUUGCACAGUGACGGGAGCCCAGUAACCAUAGGAAUCAAAGCCAUUGAAAGUGAAGUCACCCACACUGCAGGAGUACGUGUGUGGCAAUCCGUUGAGAUUAAGGAUGAGUUUGAAGUUCCCGGGGUCAGAGAAUGUUUUGGGGCUUCAAGUUAACCAGAACAGGAAAAAGCUUCUGGCUGGCCUAAGCCAGCCUAGCGCCCAAGAGAGGAGUCUACAGUGCCUGGAUUCCCUCCCCCCACCCAUUUGAGAUCUCACCUCCUAUGCAUUCAGUGCUUAGAUUAAAAAAGCCAAUCAUAUCUGAAGAAGUGACAGCAGGUGCAGAGGCAGUCAGAGCACAACACAGUGGGGGGUGAGGGAGGGGGCGACUAAACAACAAACUCUGAGUCUUGUGGGAAGACAAGCUGCAGGAAUAGGAGGCAAAUGCUGGGUCAGGGCCUCAUCUGGUGUAAACUGGCCCAGCUCCAUUUACCCCAGCUGAGAAUCGGGCCCUGAAAGGGUCAAGUCCUUCAGCAGGUGUGAGAGUCCAAACUUUCUUAAACCAGUGGAACAUUUCCUUGCCAUACCAGCAAGCACCGCUCCUGUGGAGAACAUCGGCUCUCAUGAAGAGCCUGCAAACUAAUGAGAAGAGGAGGAUGUGGAGGAAAGCAGGGUUGUGUUAAAGUGAACUUCAAAAGGGCCUGUGGUAACUGCUCCGGUGCUGUACUAGAAAGAAAAGGGCUCCUCAAAGCAGACAAAGGGAUCCAAGAGCGUUUUUUUUUAAGCACAAAAAAGCCAGCUUAAGGGGACACUGACAACUUGAAAUCUGAUCAGUGUUAAAGAACUAUCCCAUCCCUGAGUCGGGGUUUUACAAUCCCGUUUUAUUGGGAACAAUCUAAUGUGAAAGUUUUUGUGGAAUUUUUUCACUGUUCUCUGUGGCAACAUUUUGAGGCUUGAGCUGUUUUGACCAGCUCUAUUAGAUGUUUGUCUCUCCCCUGCUGCUGUGAGAGACUCACCCAAAGAGGUGAAACUGACUAAGGCCCCAGGCCUGCAACUGACUGAGCAGAACCCCAUUGACUGGAGUGGGGGCUCCUUGUGGCACAAUUCACAUGAUCAGGGCCUAACUGACUAUCCACAAAGGGUGAAAAUCCUGGUUCUACUGACAGCAAUGGGAGUUUUGCCUCUGACUUCACAGGCGCCAAGAUUUCACUCCAAGAGGGGAAAUGGUGAAACUAACUAUGCACAGAGCACCAUCGAAUACACAAAGGAAACAAGAUGGAAAAACUAGCGACAACUAUUUGUUCCCCCUUUAUUUUGUCAGGUACUAUCACCCAGGGUGUCACUUGUGACAAUAGCAGGUAAAAUAAACUCAGAGAGGCCUGUGGUGACUAAGCUGAUGGGGCCCCUUAACUGCUGUCCCUUGACAAGUUGAAUUUUCUGCCUGGUGCAAUUUGAUCUAGCCUGAAUUCCAAGAAAGCUAAAAACUCAUUUCUUCCACUGUUUAAAAUGUGUGUGAUUAAUUAUGGA